CCAAAAAUGGAUGAAGUUCACUGCUAUGCACAUAUCUAAAGUUACUGGUAGUUACGUGUUAUCCUCAAUUUAGUUCUUUUUAUUUAUUUUUGCACAUGACACAAAAUACUCCGAUCAAUACCCCGAUCCAUCGUGGUCCCUAUUAGGAAUACUUGCCAUAUAUGGAUCUGCUUUACGAAACUUAAGGACAUAUAAUCACCCGUUGUUUAACUGUAGUUUAACGUAUAUAAUGGCUAGAUCGCUUCCGGAGGAAACAGAAGAUUCACCAAUUUGAGACAGAUUAAACUUAAUUAAAUAAGUUAUAACAUAAAUCUUGUGACAAUGGUUGAUGACGAUAUUGCUGCGUUAGUUAUUGACAAUGGGUCCGGAAUGUGCAAGGCCGGAUUCGGCGGAGAUGAUGCCCCCAGGGCCGUGUUUCCCUCUAUUAUUGGACGUCCAAGACAUCAAGGUGUCAUGGUUGGCAUGGGUCAGAAGGACAGCUAUAUAGGAGACGAGGCCCAGAGCAAGAGAGGAAUCCUCACCCUCAAGUACCCCAUUGAACACGGUAUCGUCACCAACUGGGACGACAUGGAGAAGAUCUGGCAUCACACCUUCUACAAUGAACUCCGUGUGGCCCCCGAGGAACAUCCCGUCCUCCUGACCGAGGCCCCACUCAAUCCCAAAGCCAACAGAGAAAAGAUGACACAGAUCAUGUUCGAAACUUUCAAUUCUCCCGCCAUGUAUGUUUCUAUCCAGGCCGUACUUUCACUAUACGGUGCUGGUCGUACAACUGGCAUAGUGCUCGACUCUGGAGACGGUGUAUCUCACGCAGUUCCCAUCUACGAAGGUUACGCACUUCCCCACGCCAUCCUGAGACUAGAUCUCGCUGGACGUGAUCUGACCGAUUACCUCAUGAAAAUUCUCACAGAACGUGGUUACUCUUUCGUAAAUACAGCGGAAAGAGAAAUUGUCAGAGACAUCAAAGAGAAGUUGUGCUAUGUUGCUUUGGACUUCGAACAAGAAAUGGCAACUUCUGCGUCCUCAUCGUCCAUAGAAAAGAGCUACGAACUUCCAGAUGGUCAGGUCAUCACCAUUGGUAACGAGCGUUUUAGGUGUCCAGAGGCGUUGUUUCAACCUGCUUUUCUUGGGAUGGAAUCUUCUGGUAUCCAUGAAAGCACAUAUAACAGUAUCAUGAAGUGUGAUUUCGAUAUCCGCAAAGAUUUGUACUCGAACACGGUAUUAUCUGGUGGUUCAACCAUGUACCCUGGUAUUGCUGAUCGUAUGCAAAAAGAAAUCACAGCUUUAGCUCCUAGCACAAUGAAGAUUAAGGUCAUUGCCCCACCAGAAAGGAAAUACUCCGUCUGGAUCGGUGGUUCCGUCCUUGCUUCUCUGUCCACCUUCCAGCAAAUGUGGAUCACUAAACAGGAAUACGAUGAAUCUGGUCCAGCUAUUGUCCACAGGAAGUGCUUUUAAACUGACGUCACGAAGUGUUGCCAUCUUUCUCAGAUAGUUUAAUUCUUUUAAAUGGCUAUAUCAUAUCGCUUAAUAUUUUUCAGUAAAUAUAUAUUGAAUAUACAUGUACUUAUAUCGCGGGGUUACCGAACAACGGAAAUGUAAUUAAGUGUACACGUACACAGUAUGUCGUAAAAUAUACUUAUAUCGCGGAGUUACAGAAUUAAAGAAAAAUGUAAUUAUGAACUUCGUCGUCGAGUUUAAAGUUCGUAUGUAAAUGAUGUGUACAGCAGACGGCAGUGCUUAGCACAACGUCAAACCUCUAUCUAGGGUGAGCCUCGUGUCGACUGUCGAGACUUUGAAAAGGAUAGCUGGUGCCAAUAUUUUCCUUGAUCCGAAAUAUUUUGAGAAAACUGACAAACCAAAAAUUAAAUGUAAAUUUUCUUGGUAAUUUUCAGUGAAUUACCACACCAAUCUAAAAGAAAGAGACUUCCGAUCGAACUUUCGCCGCAAAUCAAAAAAUCAUGUUACCUCUUUAUAGUUUCUACCUAAAAAACGCGUUCUACAGUCAUCAAUUUGUGUUUUUGAAGUCAUUAUUGGGAAAGAUGAUGGUCGCCAGCAUUGUAAGAAAAUCUGCAUCACUCAUCUUCAUCACGCACUUGUGAGCGUCAAUUAAGUUUUGGAUAAUUCUGUUGUCCAGUACACCAACAAACCAUGGUUCAUUGUUUAAAUGACUGUUACGUUCGAAGUGUUGUGAAAUGGUGAUACAUGUAAAUAGAUACCGUAUGUUUAUUUGAUUUUUGUGCCAUAAGAUUUAUCAAUUUAUUUAAAAGCACAUCUUUUUUUCCAUUUAUGUUUGAAUAUGUAUACAAAGUUGUCCAUGGAGACACUUUAUCUUUGACAGUGCCAUUCACACCACGGACAUAAAUCAUACAACAGUGUAAAAACAGCACAAGAGCGCUUUGAACUAUAUUUCAAACUUUUGUAGAUGUUUGUAUUAUUUUCUGUACGCUUGUGGAAUAUAAAAAUUGUCUUAAUAUCUGUAAUAUCAUAAGA